GACAGUUCUCAAGUUUACCGCCAAAUUGGAAUUUAAAGCAGAAAGUUAUAAUUGAAAUUAAUGUGCAUUUUUAAAUGAGUUUUUAAUAUUUAGUUGAUAACGAGCAUGUCAUUGACAAGUUAUUUUGAUGACGUUCUAGCUGGUGUUGGAGUCGUAUUGAACAACAAAGAUGAGGAACCUCUAAAUAUCAUAAAAGAGCAGGCUCUUGUGGUUAGGGAUUUAAUGAAAUGUUUUACUGAUUUAGAUAACUCAUCCGAAUUGAUUAACAAAUUUCUAAAAGGUUUGAAAGAACACUGUAAAAAUGACAGAUGUUUUAAAAAAUGUUUGCUCCCUACUAAAUUUCAAAAAGCAUUGAAUGAUACUGGUCGAGACAAUUCCAUUGCCAUUUAUCAAGAAAGUUUAGUUCGCACACUUUUAAAGGUACCACCUUUGCAAAAAGAAGUUACUAACAUGCUUUUGGAUAGAAUAACGGAGAUUUCAACUGAAGAAGUGCAGGACACAUCUUGGCUUCGUUUGUUAAUUAGUCCGUUACGUUGCCUUCCUAACAUAAGAUAUGGAAAGGAGCUUGCUACAAAGUUGCUAGAUAUAUUAGAAGUGUCUACAUUUACAUCUCAACUGGAAAUCUUGGAAGCAAUUCCAGAUAUUUUACCAGAUAGUGAGUGUGAUGCAGCAGCGAGACAACUUACAAAGCUCUUAGAUGAAAAUGAUGAUCUUUGUGGGGGAAUUGUUGACUGCUUAAAUGCUCUAAACUUGGAUUCAGAGGUCAGAGCUGUAGUUCAAGAUAGAAUACUUGCAAAAAUUUUGGCAGGCACUACACCAAAGAUUUUUCCAAUAUUGCUACAGUUUUUGUUAAAUGAGUCAAAAAGUCAAAACUUAGUUCCCAUUCUAUAUAAAAUUAGAAAUGCCUUAGAUAUUAUAAUGGCAUCGGGAGGUUGUAACAAGGAAAAGGAAUCAUUUAAAAUAUUAAUAUUUCAUAAUUUGCAGACAUUUGCAAUAUCUCAGAAACAAGUCGGAGAAGCGUGGUUAACUGCAAUUUCACACAUAAAGAAUUUCUCUGAUCAUAAGGCUAUAGACUAUAUCAUACUUUUUAUGUUACACCAUAUUUGUGAAGCUCGCAAGAGAGUUGUUGAGUUAAUGUUUAAAAAACGUGUGAGUUCAGGUUUGUUUAAAAUUAGUCUGCUGGAAAAGACUUUUGAAAAAUAUUUAGCCCAACAACUAAUGAGAAACUAUAUUGGCUCAAUAACAGAAAUCGGUUGUUUUUUAUUUAAAUGUGGGAAGGAUGGUUUAGUAGUUGAGUUUGCUACAGCCUUAUUCCAACUCCUUUUUAAUCAUACCUAUGUAUUAGCGGUUGAUCGAGCAGAAAUAUUAUGCAGUCUGAUUGUGCUCACUGGGUCUAGUGACGGAAAAACCAUAAAUUAUAUUUUAAAGUUAAUACUGUCACUCAUAUCUAUAGAUGUUACUAAGGUUGAAACACAUAUGGGUUUAUUGAUGCAGCUACUGGAAAAAUUAGACAUUCUAGACCUUAAGAAUGUAAAAAUGGUUUUUGACAUUCUCUGUGGAUUGAGCCGUUCUGAAAAGACAAGUCAAUCGUUGCUAGGAUUUACAGAUGAAAUUCACAUUAUUAUUCGUAAGCAAUUGUCAAGUCCAUCAAAAAAUAUAAAAUUUCGAGGCAUAUUAAGCGCUAUUGUUAUGGUGAAACAUCUUGCUAUGACCGAAAACUCUCAAAGUGAUGUUACAACUAUGGAAGAUUCUAUGAAUAUUACGGAUGUGCCAGAGGGACCACCAAGAGACGCGGCGUAUUUGUUGGAACUGAUAAAUAGUUGCGUGGAAACUUGUCCAGAGUGUUUGGGUUUAUAUUAUGAUCAAUUGGCUUCCAUCUUUGUUAAUAGUGGGCCAGUUGAUAAGCACUUCUUAUGUUGGCUCUAUGAAAGUGCUACCAAUAAUUUUCAGAGCACCUUCAUAAGUGAAACACUGCCAGAAUCUGUUCAUAAUUUGCAGAUAAACAUGCAAUAUCUGCUUAAUGAUCCAAAGGAAAUGGCUGUUCCCAUGGCGGUGGACAUUGUAGGACUCAUGGUGCGUGAUAAACGAAAUAUGGUUUUGGUUCUUCCUCCUUACUUUCGCCUUCUGCGGUUAUUACAUUUGCGUCAGCACAACAAUUCUUUGGCAACUAUAGAUGCAUUGUUAGGUUGUGGCAUUGUGCUACCAGAAAUAGAAGACAUAACUGAAUUGGAUAAUCAGCAGUUAAGUUUUGUUGCUGAUUGUUUGUUUCAUUGCGCCAAUUGGUUUAGGGAGAUUAUUAGUGCUUUUGUCACACAAAAGUCUAAAACAUUAAAGGCCAAGGUCAUUCAUAGACUGCAAGAAUUGCUAGACCUGGAACAGAAACUGCGUGAGAUAAUGAAAUGUAUUCCCACCCAUAACUUGCCUUUGGGCUUUUUUGACUCCUCAAACAAUAUCAGUAAUCACACAUUGAUGAAAAUUGAAGCUAAGGUAUGCAAAAAUCCCAGAAAGAAAUUCAAGACUGUUUCUGUAAUAAAUGAAGAGACAACUCUAAACACCCAGAAAUCGGCAAAGCCAACUUGUUCAACUAAAAGAAGUAUGACAAAUGAACAAAACAUCCAGUUUAGAGAUUUAGAUACCGACGUACUCGAACUUCUUAGGUACCCCCUUAGAUUAGAUCAAGAUUGUGAGACACAGUUUACUCAAAGCGCUUCAAUCAACAUUGAUCAGCUGAAGUUUCUUUUGAAGGAUUUUAGAACUAAAUUAUCACUGCUAACUCAGAACAAAGAUUUAGGGCUGAGCCAUUUAAAUGAUGUAACUCCUCAACAUCUUAUCCAAGAUUGUGUUUUAAUCCUACCGCAUGUUAAUAGGUGUUUUGGAGUAAUUGUGAAAUACAUUAGAAGACUAUUGGCCAACACCAAUGAAAGCCAAGAUUAUUUGGCAAUGUAUACCGAGGAAGCUAUGGAUAUUAAACUUUGUUUUGGUUUAGUUUUGCAAAUAUUUUUUUUAAUUUUUAAAUGGCCAGGAUUUGAAAAUUUGACAAACAUAGAUCUACUACGGGACCUUUUAAAGUCAAUGAGACCUGAAAGUUCCCAAACAUUAAACUCAGCUAAUCUUUUAAUCUGUGAGUUUAUAACGAGACUUAGUUCUUACACCGACGAAUGUUUACAUUUAAGUCAUGCAGUAAGUUUAGUGAAUGCAAUCGAAACGUUGUGCAAUUGCAUUGUUCCGAGCGAAGAGAUUCAAAAAUGCUUUACUACGACUUGUCUAAAACUGCUAUCCAAACGCUGGCGUAACUUCAAUGGAGAUUUGGAUCGUGGCAAAGACUGUAACCUUAGUAUCGAUGUUUUAAUAAAAGGAUUUUUGAAGCGUGCUGAUGUGAAAACUAUUUAUGGACUGGUCGGCACACUGGAAAAAGAAGCAGUUCUUUUAAAAUCCAAAGACGAUUCUCUUCAUAUGUUGGUCGCAAUUGACAAACAAAAUUUCCAUGUACUCUAUUUAGGACUGUGGAAUGCCCUCUUGAAUAGGGUGAAAAUAGAAAUUCAAUCUCUUACAAACAAUCAGCAUUUAGUGUUAUGGCACAAGAUCGCAUUAACAAUGCAAGGGUUUAUGGCGAUUGUAAAGAUUCACGAAAAUCGAGUUAACUUGUCUUGUUUUUUAAAAAAAUCCAUUGGAAUUUUAAAGAUUUUUAUCAGUCACGGCGUGCCAAUUUUAGAAAUCAUGUUAAAACGAAAACCAGACGAGGUAGUACAAAUUUUUAAGGAUAUCCAGAUAACCACAAGGUUUUUGCAUAGUUUGUGUUGCUAUUCGAGGUUAAAUCAAGACGCAAGUUUAGUCGCACACGUUCCUAUGUUCCGGCAUGUUUUAGAAACGCUUUUGUUCCGCGUUAAAGCUGCUCUGGCGGCCAAUAAUUGUUCGUCUGCAUUUUGGAUGGGGAAUUUAAGAAAUAAAGAUCUGCACGGUGACGAAAUUGUUAGUCAAAGUCAAAGUACAGUGUGCUCUUCUAACGAAGAGAGCGCAGAAGGAAAUGAGAAGCUGCCUAGUGAGGACGAGGACGUUGCUUUAAGCGGAGAAGACUCUGACAGUGCCAUCGUGAGUGAAAGUGAGGUUUUCGAUUAAUCACUCACGUUUAAGGUGUAUGCGACUUCGAGAAUACAUAUAAACUACUGUUAUAAUUUUAAAAAAUGUAUAUACGUAUCUUAGAUCAAACAGCUUAAUUUGCCUUUUUUUCUAUUUCAAAAAUCAUCAUUGCUUUCUCGUUACGAUUGGAGUCUGGACUUGGAAAAUUCUGGAGUCACUAGAUUUCUUAGUUUUAGUUAACGUUAAUUGUUUAAUCAGUUUAAUAAAAUUUAUGUAACCUUUCAUUAAGGCAUUUUUUUCAAACAAUACAAUUUAUAUACGUAUUUUUUCAUAAAGACGUUGCAGCGUCUACGAAUAAAUUUUUUUAGGAAAAAAUUAGCAACUAUUUGGAAGAGCCAAAU